UUUGCAUGCGGCAACAUUAGUUCUAGCUGUCAUUCUCAUCUGGUUGCUGGUGGAAGCGAUCGUUGAGAAUUUUAUUUUUGAUUAUUUUGGCUUUAUUGUUUGAUUUGUCAAAUUGUUGAUUGUUAAAUAACGAGCUCUGACCAUAUCAUUGUAGGAUUACUAUGUCGGUGAUGGAAUUCCUGAAGGAUCUACCGUCGUACGACGAGCACAACUUCACAUUAUUCAAUACGGACCAUGGGAUUAGAAACUGUUCGAAAAGACCGUCAAUAUAUUUACCAACUAAGGAUAUACCGUCUGAGCAAAUAAUUGUAACAGAAAAGACAAAUAUACUGUUAAGGUAUCUUCAUCAGCAAUGGGAGAAAAAGAACAACAAUUCACCAAAAAAGCGUGACCACAGCCACAUUGAACAGAAUGGCGACGACAAUCGACCUCGCAAGAGGCCUUGUCUAAACUCACCACUAAACUGAAGACCGGCCAACAAGUCAGCCAGUUAGUUUGUGCUUCAGUUAUAGACUUUCAAGUGUAUGGCAUUUUUGUAACAUUUGUAUUCCACAUCUUAGGUCAAAUUAUACAUUGAUUCUCAAUGUAUUGGUCUCAUGUCUUCUGAGAAAUUACAUCUGACAGUCAAGUGCCAUUACAACGGAUCUUUGAACUAAUUUGUUCUCAAGUGUGGCUGUAAGUUAUUUAUAUUUCAGUGGAUAUUGAAUAUUGAAAAUCAAAGUAUGAAUUAUAUUCAUUCCAUGUUUUAUUCAUAAGUUUUUUUUUUACUCAACAUAUACCUUCUUGGAGGUUUCAUAUCUUUGAAUCUAAAUUCAUCUGAUAGUAUAAAUAAUUUUAAUAUUCUAAAAUUAAGAAUGUGUUCAGUAAUUUUAGUGCCUCCGUAAUAUUCUUGAGUUAUGCAAUAUUGUUUGGGACUACAUUUGUUACUGUAGUGUUAUAAUUUUUGAAAUUGAUUUUAUUACAGAUGUGCUAAAUAAUUACUUGUUGUCUUGACUAUUAUAUUUUUCAAAAAUGAAUGUACUAAAAUGGUGAACUUAUGCUGUAUCUGUGCCAAUGAGUAGUUCUCAUUAGCUAGGCACAUAAGUUGACUAAAUGUGUUGGAGUACUUGAGUGUACUGUGCCAUGCAUCAGGCAGAGGUUCAUGAAAGAUGUCUUAUUAGAUGUUUAGGGCACUAAAUAUAUACUUUAUAAUGACUACUGAAUUAAUUUAUUUGAGUAUUUUGAAAGCAGUACUGCAAAUAUUAAUUUUGAUGCUAUUUAUGAUAAUAUAAAAAGUAUAUUAUGUAUUAAUUUCAACUGUCUGAAAUAGAUUGUACUGUGGAAUAUUGAUAACUCAAUUUUAAAAUCAUAUUUUGUUUUUGUGACGUGUUUCGUUAAUGAAAAUUCAAACUUCAAUAAAAUUAGAACUUAUUUACAUAGCUUAACAUUUCCAAUUGUAGAUAUUCUACAUUAUAGUGUAUUUUUAUCACCAUUUUAAGUUAUCAAUAUUCCAUAAUCGCUGUGUAAUAGGUGAUUUGUGAUUUUAAAUUUAGUAGUAUCAAAAUUAUUCAGUAAAUGAGUGCACAUGCUAGAAUAAAAUGUGAUUGCUGUUAUAUAAUAUUUAUAGUAGUGAACACAAUUACUGUACAUCCCAUAUUAGUGUACUAUGUGCUCCACAUUAGCUAGUGAAUAUGUUUGUCAUGUGCUACCAGCCUUAUAAUUAGCAAUUAAACCUUUUUGGCAAUAAAUGUAUGUAGGUCAUAGAAACAAAAUUAAAUUUAUAAUUGCAUGACAGUGGAUUAUAUUGUAUUUUCUUUGGGCCCAGCUUGCUGAUAGCUGUGUUAUUCAUAAUUUACUAGAAACAGACGAAUAAAGUUCUAAUUAUGAUAAUACAA